ACUCGCUCCCGUAAGCAAAAACCCAACAAGUUAUCAUAUCGUAUAAUGUGCGAUAGCCUCAAGAGCGAUUACCAACUGUGCGAAGAGCUUGGCCGUGGUAGAUUCGGCGUGGUCUACCGCUGCUUCUCUCCAUUUUUCGGCGAAUCCUUUGCCUGCAAAUCCAUACACAAGAAUUCCCUUUCCGACGACCCCAUCGACCGUCAGUGCCUAGACAAGGAGCCCAAGAUUCUUCAGCUCCUUUCUGGCUGUCCCAAUAUCCUUCAGCUGUACAAGAUCUAUGAAGAUGAUGAUUAUCUGCAUAUGGUGACGGAUUUGUGCGACGGAGGUGAUUUGUACGACCGGGUUUCGUUGGGAACGCCGUUUACUGAACAGGAUGCGGCGGCGGUUUUGAAGCAGUUGAUGGUUGCUAUUAGUUGUUGUCAUCGAUUGGGGAUUUCCCAUAGAGACAUCAAGCCGGAUAAUAUCUUGUUUGAUUCUGCCGGCCGAUUGAAGCUAGCGGAUUUUGGAUCCGCUGAGUGGUUUGGAGUUUCUGAGGAGGGGCUCAUGACGGGAGUGGUGGGGACGCCGUACUACGUGGCGCCGGAGGUGCUGAUGGGUAGAGAGUACAAUGAGAAGGUGGAUGUAUGGAGUGCUGGAGUGAUUUUGUACAUCAUGCUUAGUGGGGUGCCGCCAUUCUAUGGGGAGGGGCCUGCCGAGACUUUCGAGGCGGUUUUGAGGGGGAAUUUGAGGUUUCCGUCUAGGAUUUUCCGGUCGAUUUCGCCGGAGGCCAAGGAUCUGUUGAGGAAAAUGAUUUGCCGGGAUGUUUCCCGGCGACUGUCUGCCGACCAAGUCCUGAGGCAUCCAUGGAUCAUUAAUGGAGGAGAUAUCAGAUCAGUGUCUGAUCAGACCUGAAACACAAUGACAAUUUCAAAUAGCUGCUGGUGUACAGACUCUAUCCCAUGAAGGAUUAAAUGGAAAAAGAAGAAGAAUGUUCGAGAUGCAGUACGGACUUUAAGAUUGUCAAUAUUGUCAAGUAUUGUAGAGUUGAUCCUACUAAAGGAGUAGCCAUCGGGGUCGAAGGCUAUCCCCUUAUGCUUUUUCCCUUAUUGUUGUGUAAGAGAAGCCGAGGCCAUCCCUUUUUCCUUUUGGGUGCUUACCUUCUCUCGUAGAAGAAGAAGAAGAAGAAGAAGAAGAAGAGAUUGUAUAUAUAUGCGUGAAUGAUAAAUAAAUAAGUGCAGUUAUGUGAAUGAGAAGGUUGAAAAUCCCCUCUAUUUUUCAUGCCUUUUUCUGGGUUUUGGAAUCCCCAGGUUCCGGGGGCUCUAUUGUAAGAAUCAUGUACUUUGCGCUUGAAGUUGAAGUUUCUCACUUUUCAAGUUUUUGAUUGAAA